GCAAGAGUUAUCAGUUUGUGAGACUUUGAGGUUUACGCUCCCUCCCAAAGUAAAGAUUUAUACAGGGGCCCUGCAAGAGCAAAGAAUCCGACACUAUCCCACCAAAUAUAUGGCGGCGGCUCUUGCGCCGGCCAUUUCUCUCCGGUUAAGACCCUACAAUUCCCUCCGGUUCUUCUCCACAAUUCCCCUAAUCCUCUCAAAUUACCAUGCGUUCACUCCAAUUAUUUUCCGGCCGUCCCGAUUUUCCGGCCGGAGAUUCUUCUCCGCUGUAGUUACCGGAGCUCUCCAUGCCAGAGAGAGGAAAAUGCCGGAAUUUAACGAGAAAUCGAUCGGUGACACGGGGACAAGCAAAGUCGGGGAGUUCAGGAAGAAAUUGAAGGUCGUUGAUAUAAAAGGCGGUCCCGAUGAAGGUCUGGACCGGCUAGGGCAGAUACUUCCCGUUACAGGCUGGGUUCGGACUGUUCGGGUCCAGAGUAGCAUUACAUUUAUCGAGAUUAAUGAUGGCUCGUGCCUUUCGAACAUGCAAUGUGUGGUAGAUUCAGAUGCUGAAGGCUACGAUCAGGUAGAAUCUGGACUGAUCGCUACUGGUGCAUCCAUAUGGGUACAAGGGACUGUUGUGGAGAGCCAAGGAUCAAAGCAAAAAGUGGAAUUGAAGGUCAACAAAAUUGUUGUGGUUGGCAAGUGCGAUCCCUCCUUUCCCAUUCAGAAGAAAAGGGUCAGCAGAGAAUUUUUAAGAACUAAAGCGCAUCUUCGUCCAAGAACUAACACAUUUGGUGCGGUUGCAAGAGUGAGGAAUGCCUUGGCUUAUGCAACACACAAAUUUUUUCAAGAAAAUGGAUUUGUUUGGGUCUCAAGUCCUAUCAUCACAGCCUCUGAUUGUGAAGGAGCGGGUGAACAGUUCUGUGUAACCACUCUGAUUCCGAGCUCUCGAGAUGCUGCUGAUUCUCAUCUGGAUGCCAUUCCAAAAACAAAGGAGGGGUUAAUAGAUUGGUCACAGGAUUUUUUUGGUGAACCAGCUUUUUUGACCGUCUCUGGCCAACUUAAUGGUGAAACAUAUGCUACAGCUCUGUCAGAUGUGUAUACAUUCGGUCCCACAUUUCGAGCAGAAAAUUCUCACACUUCUAGGCACUUAUCUGAAUUUUGGAUGAUUGAACCAGAGCUUGCAUUUGCUGAUCUAAAUGAUGACAUGGCCUGUGCCACUGCCUAUCUCCAGUAUGUAGUGAGACAUAUCCUUGAAAACUGCAAGGAAGACAUGAACUUCUUCAAUACUUGGAUUGAGAAAGGAAUAAUUGAUCGAUUGAGUGAUGUGGCUGAGAAGGACUUUGUGCAGUUGACUUAUACUGAUGCAAUUGACCUUCUUCUUAGAGCAAAUAAGAAAUUUGAGUUCCCAGUCAAAUGGGGAUGUGAUUUGCAGAGUGAGCAUGAACGUUACAUAACUGAAGAGGCUUUUGGUGGAUGCCCAGUAAUAAUUAGAGACUAUCCAAAGGAAAUCAAAGCAUUCUAUAUGCGGAAAAAUGAUGAUGGGAAGACUGUUGCAGCCAUGGACAUGUUGGUUCCUCGGGUCGGUGAGCUAAUGGGCGGAAGCCAAAGAGAAGAACGACUUGAAUAUCUGGAGGAGCGCUUGGAUGAAUUAAAGCUAAAUAGGGGCAGCUACUGGUGGUAUCUUGAUUUGCGUCGUUAUGGCUCAGUUCCUCAUGCAGGCUUUGGACUGGGCUUUGAAAGACUGGUACAGUUUGCAACUGGAAUAGAAAACAUAAGAGAUGCAAUACCAUUCCCUAGGACACCUGGUUCAGCUGAAUUUUAAUACCAAGUUUCAUAUAGAUGUAUAUGUCUUCCCUGGUUAUUCUCAAGUUCUUUGAAUGUCCUAACGUGAAUUGGGCGGCUGAACUUUUAUUUUUUAUUUUUACGUGUUAAAUACCACAAAGAAUUAUGCUUGUGGUUGGAAUCGAAUCUUGGACACUUAUGUCUAACUCAUUCAAUUGCCAACCAAGCCAAACAUUACAGAUUCACGAGAAAACUUUCAUUGAA